AAAUGUUAUCAUUUUCAGAUCAUGAGUUGGUUUUGAUCUUUGGUCUCCUAGGUAACAUUGUAUCAUUUAUGGUGUUCUUAGCGCCCUUACCAACCUUCUAUACAAUUUUCAAGAACAAAUCAUCAGAAGGGUUUCAGUCAAUCCCAUAUGUGGUUGCACUUCUCAGCGCAUUGUUACUACUAUAUUAUGGUUUCCUAAAGGCACAUGCCAUUUUGAUUAUCACCAUCAACUCCAUUGGAUGUGUUAUAGAAGUUGCAUACCUAUUAAUGUACAUUACAUAUGCUCCAAAGAAGCAGAAGGUUUCCACUUUGGCAAUGAUUCUCAUUGCCGAUGUAGGAGGUUUUGGCUUGACCAUGAUAAUCACCACCUUCGUUGUGAAGGGCUCCGCGCGUGUUCAUGCUGUUGGAUGGGUUUGCGCCAUUUUUAACAUUGCAGUGUUUGCUGCUCCAUUAAGCAUCAUGAGGAAGGUCAUAAAAACCAAAAGUGUAGAGUUCAUGCCAUUUCCUUUGUCCUUGUUUCUUACCCUCUGCGCCACCAUGUGGUUUUUCUACGGAUUCUUCGACAAGGAUCACUUCAUUAUGCUGCCAAAUGUGCUAGGAUUUCUGUUUGGCUUCUCUCAAAUGAUUUUAUACAUCAUAUACAAGAAAGCUAAGAAGAAUUCAGAAACAAAUGGUACAGAGCAGCAAGAAUGGGGAGUCACAGUGAACUCUACACAGCAUAUCUGCAAUGGCAAUAGACUAGAUUUCCCUUCAGUGGUGGAAAUGAAAGAGGAUCAAGUUUGA